AGCAGAUCAAUAGUCCUAUAUAAAUCGUUCUUUGUAUCGCGCUAGUCAUUGUUAACAAAACAUUGGACUAAAAUGAGAUUUUUAAAACAUUACGUCUUAUUUUCCUGUUUGCUGUUCAUUACUUCUGAUGCACUGUCAUGUCGUUCAAAAUACGGCGCAAAAGAUGAACGGUUAAAGCGUGUUUUUAAUGAUUGCCUGAAACAACAAGGGAGUAACAGCAGUAGUGAUAGAUACAACCAAGAGAGAAGAGAGCGAUCAAACAAUAACAGAUAUGAUCAUGGUAGAAGAAACAAUCAGGAUCAAAGAAACGGCGACGAAGACUACAAGAGAGAAGAUUACAAUGACGGUGCAUACGGAAGAAACAGCAGAGGCCAAAUGAAUGAAGGCACGAGAGUCGAAAGUGGGAGAAAUAACGGAAAGGGAGAUACGAGAUUUGAUGGUCGAAAUGAAAGGAGUCAUAACAGUCACUUAAGAGGUCAAGACGAAUUCUUACAGAGCGAAGAAUAUGGGAACGGUUUCCAGCAGAAUUAUUACUCAUCUUCUCAAUCAAACGGGCGAUACAAACGCGAAAAGAAGACGGAAAUUAAUUCUGGACAAAGAAGUCAGUAUAACCCACAUUCAAAAAACUCUAAUGGUAACAGAGAUGAUUCAAAUGAGAACAAUUCCAGUGAGAACACAAACCAAGACAUUGCAUGUGUGCUGCAUUGCUUCCUAGAGAAUCUACAGAUGACCGGAGACAAUGGAAUGCCAGAUAGAUAUUUAAUUACUCACGCUCUUACAAAAGAUGAAAGGAAUGAAGAUUUGAGAGAUUUCUUACAGGAGUCUGUGGAAGAAUGCUUCCAAAUCCUCGAUAACGAAAACACAGAUGAUAAAUGUGAAUUUUCAAAAAAUCUAUGGAUGUGCUUAUCGGAAAAGGGAAGAUCGAAUUGCGACGAUUGGCCUAAGAAGACCACUUUUAUGUUUUAGAUGUCCAUCACACUUUUUCUGCAUUUACUUGAAUAAACACAUUUUGAACCUCAAACAUAAA